AUGGGUGCUUUUUUAUCUCUCAGGUACUUACUAGCAUCCCUCUUGCUCAAUGUUUGCUUGAAUGCUGUUAAUGCAGACCCAAAUCUGGCCUUUUAUUUCGAGGGUUUUGGUAAAGAUUCAAACUUUGAGUCACAGCUUGCUCUGUUCGGGGAUGCUAAGGUUGUUCUGGGCAAUAUGUCUGUUGAAAUUGCUGGUACGAGGUCUUUUCAUGGUGGGGGGCUCAUAUGUAAGAAGCCCAUGAAUCUUUUGAGCUCAAGAAAUAUGGUGUCUUUUUCAAACUACUUUGUGUUCUCAAUGUCUGGGCAAAAUGGGGAUGGUUUGGCCUUUUUCAUGCUCCCUUCUGAUUUUCCUCACAAUUCUUCUGAUUUUGGCUCAAUGGGGAUAUUGGGGGAGAAAAAAUCGAAAUUUCUUGCUGUCGAAUUCGAUACUUUUAUGGAUGUCAAGUAUGGUGAUGUCAAUGGUAAUCAUGUUGGGUUAGAUAUUGGUUCCCCUGUAUCUGUUAAGGCUAGCAAUGUUUCCUCUGUUAAUUUAGUGCUUAAUAGUGGUGAAAAGUUGCAAUCUUGGAUUGAUUAUGAAGCAAGUGGUAAAAGAAUUGAGGUGAGGUUGAGUAGAUUGGGUCAAAUUAAGCCGGUUGCCCCUUUGCUUUCGUACCCGAUUGAUUUGUCCAAAAUGUGGAGAGGCAAGGAUGUUACCGUUGGAUUAAGCUCGUCGAGUGGUAACUCUUCUCAAUAUAGUAUAAUUUACUCGUGGAGCUUUAAAUCAAGAAUCAUGCGACACUGGAUGCAUUCCGAGCCUUUGGAUCCGGAAGGUUUUGCAAAGAAAGGAGAAAGUUUGAAAAUUUCGAAGAGAUCAGAUAAGUGUGCUUUGAAAAUACUUGCUGCAUUGGUUUUUGGGUCCGGAUGUGGUGCGAUUGGGGCAUUUCUCGUGUUGUAUUUGUGGGCUGUGUUCGGAAAUAGGCGCCCUGUGGUGCCGGAGGAAUUUUCUGUGCAGACUAAAGAAUCGGGAUAUGAUAAGAUUGACAAAAAGGGCUUAAUUUUAGGGAAAAUCAGCGUCGAAACCCCAAACUACCAAGUCAUCGCCGACGCCGGCGACUACGAGAUCCGAAAAUACCCGCCGGCGGUGGUCGCCGAGGUGACAUACGACCCCGCCCAAUUCAACUCCGACAAGGACGGCGGCUUCUCCAUCCUCGCCCGCUACAUCGGCGCCUUCGGCCGGCCGCAGAACGCGAAGCCGGAGAAGAUCGAGAUGACAGCUCCGGUCAUCACCAGGCCGGCGCCGCCGGAGAAGAUCGCUAUGACCGCGCCGGUGGUCACCUCGAGCGGCGGGGAGCUGGUGACGAUGGGGUUCAUCCUGCCGUCGAAGUACGCGAGGGCGGAGGACGCGCCGCGGCCGCUGGAUGAGAGGGUGGCGUUGAGGGAGGAGGGGGAGAGGAAGUACGGCGUGGUGAGGUUUAGUGGGGUGGCGCGUGAGGAGGUCGUGGCGGAGAAGGUUACAAAGCUGAGGGAGUGUUUGGAGAGGGACGGGUAUAAGGCGGCGGCGGAUUUCGUGCUGGCGAGGUAUAAUCCGCCGUGGACUCUGCCGCCGUUGAGGACGAAUGAGGUUAUGAUUCCGGUGGACUGA